AUGGCUCCAAUGAGCAAAUCGGUCGUUGAAGCAAAAAACGAGGAUGGCUCUUCCAUCACUGUGCAUACGCAGGGCGCCCACCUAACCAGCUGGCGCACGAGGGAGGGCGAGGAAAUUUUGUACACAAGUCCCAAUGCUGUCUACAAGCAAGGAGUCCCCAUUCGAGGAGGCGUUCCCAUCAUCUUUCCGCAGUUUGGAAAUCGUGGACCACUUCCCGCGCACGGCUUUGCGCGUAUUCGUGAGUGGAAUGUGAAGGAAUUGCGCAGCGGAAUGGCGUCCUUCACGUUGGAAUUACCAUCGAGUGAGCUGCGGAAGCAGGGCGCGGAAUUGAGGCACAACAACGAUACGUCGGCCUCAGGCACCGUUUCACUGUUGUACACCAUCACCUUCAGUAACGAGCAACUUAAGUUGCAGAUGGAAGUCACGAGUCACGAUACGGAGGCGGAUAUCAGAUUCACUUUUGCGUUUCACACAUAUUUUGCGGUGGGGGACAUUACAAAGACUCGGGUGGAUGGAGUAAACACGACUUCUUUUAUUAACAACUUGAAGGAACAGCAAGCGCUGCAGUCUCCAGAGCCGUUGUGGUGUAUCAGAGAAGAAGUGGAUCGCAUAUACGUGGAUCAGAAAUCUGCGAUCUCGUUGCUGGACCAGGCAAGGCAUCGGACGGUGCACGUAUCGGGCGAGAACCUUCCAGAUGUUGUGCUUUGGAACCCCUGGGUGGAGAAAACCGCCCGAUUGAAGGAUCUUCCUUUGGACGGUUACAAUAAGUUUGUUUGCGUGGAGCACGGAAGCAUCGCAAAAGAAGUAAUUCUACCGCCCAAAGGCGUCUGGAAGGCCUCACAGUGCAUUUCUUCACGUGGCGUCUCCAAUCUGUAG